AGGGAAAAUGAAAGCUAUUUUCUGUGGAAAUUUUGAAUAUGAUUGCCGGGAAUCUGAGCUGGAGCGGCUUUUUAGACGAUAUGGCAAGGUCGAUAGGGUGGAUAUGAAAGCUGGAUUAUCUUUGCAUAUCCAUUUACUCCCAAGCUAAUGGGUGGGCUUUUCAGAAAUCCGUUUCCUGUCCGUGAUGCACAUCUCCGAUUCAUUCAAUUUGAUCCACAACAGAACAACUCUAUGCAUUCCUCAGUCACAUCUGCCUUUCAAUUUUCGUGCCUUUUGCCAGUCUUCACUUCUGGACAUGUUUUGAGGUUGAAAUAUUGCCAACCUCAUAGAAGAGGCAGCUGAAUGAAUGGAGAAGGCACUCACUUUCCACUGACCCACCAUGACACCUACACUUUUGGAUUCUUGUUCUUGACACCAAUUUGUUUAUUACACAAGGAUUUGCUUUUAUUUAUAUGGAAGAUGAGAGAGAUGCUGAUGCUGCAAUUCGUGCUCUCGAUCGGAUAGAAUUUGGUCGGAAGGGGCGUAGACUCCGUGUAGAAUGGACAAAGCAAGAACGUGGCAUUCGAAGGCCUGCUGAGCGCCCAAAAAGAUCUUCAGCUAAUGCGAGACCAUCAAAGACCCUAUUUGUAAUUAAUUUUGAUACAAACCAUACCAGAACAAGGGACUUGGAGAGGCACUUUGAGCCAUAUGGUAAGAUAGUCAGUGUGAGGAUCAGGAGGAAUUUUGCAUUUGUUCAGUAUGAAUCAGAAGAUGAUGCUUCCAAAGCCCUGGAAGCUACAAAUAUGAGCAAGUUGUUGGAUCGGGUUAUUUCAGUUGAAUUUGCUGCCAAAGACGACGAUGUCAGGCGAAAUGGACAUAGCCCGGAGAGAGGCCGUGAUCGUCAGCGUGACAGAAGCCUUGAUGGAAGGCGAUCGCCCAGUCCUUAUCGUAGAGAAAGGGGUAGUCCUGAUUACGGCCAUGGGUCUAGUCCAUAUAAGAGGCAGAGGAGCAGCCCUGAUUAUGGGCAUGGCAACAGCCGUAGUAGAAGCCCCUAUCGAAGAGAGCGAGGUAGCCCUGUUUACGGGCGUCGAAGCAUUAGUCCCUACAGAAGAGAGAGGGAUGAUUCUGUGCCUGUUCAUGUCAACAGCCGCAGUCCUAAUCACAAAGAGCGGGGGAGAACCAACCGGUCUCCCUCCCAUAGUCUCGAAGAAGGAGAGACUCAAAAAGGUCAUGGAUCUGACCUUAGUCCAGAAGAAGGGGAGAGGAUAGACCCUAAAAAAGGUCCUAGGUUUGGCCAUAGUCCCGAAGAGGGAGAGAGGAUAGAUCCUAGAAAAGGUCAUGAAUCUGACCAUAGUCCUUAUGUUGCUGUGAAGGGUAGCCCUGAAAAUGGCCAUUACCAGAGGCACAGUCCUGACACAAUACGGAACCCCAGCCCUUACAAGGAUUCUAGAGGGAGUCCUAGGCCUGAUGCAAAAGGGAACCCCGGCCCAUGCAAUGAUUAUGGAGGGAGCCCAAAUACUAUGCCUGAACCCAGAGACAGUCCCAACUAUGGUGGUCCUGAAAGUCCCAUGCAUGAACAAAGCCAGAGCCAGUCACCCCCUGCAGAAGAAUGAUUUCAGUUGCAAUGAAAAAAGCCUGAAGGGCCAACAAAUUGAAUAACGUGGUCGUUACAGGACUAAAUUUAGUUUUCAGCAAAUGGCUUUAGUGUAGUGUAGUGUUGAUAAAGCUUUGAAACUUUGGUGGUUUGACACUUUUCCUGUCAUUUAUUCAUUUAGAUAGUUUCAUACUUCAAUCUCAGUACAAUGUUGUAGAAUUUUUGUUUAAAGUCAAAUAGUGGUGGCACCUAUAUUUUUGAUGAA